AGGCGGAGGGGGCUGGUUAAGGCAUCUGACAGACACUUUGCCAAUCUCCUACUCUGGAGAGACCCAUAGUAUAUAAGCUCCAUCUCUGCACCCUGCAGCCCACUUCUUUCUCCUUAGGUCCAGUCGGUAGAGGAAACAGAGGAUGAAACUCUUAUUUGCAGCUGCCUUUGCACUUUUUGUGCUGUCCACCUUUGAUCAGGCGGACUCAUCAGCUUAUGAUAAAAUUAUGCACCACAGCCGCAUCAGGGCAAAGAAAGAGGGCCCUAAUGUCUGCGCUCUCCAGCAAGUCUUGGGGACCAAGAAGAAGUACUUCAGCACUUGCCGUAAUUGGUACCAAGGGGCCAUCUGUGGAAAGAAAGCGGCUGUGUUGUACGAGUGCUGCCCGGGCUACAUGAAGCUGGAUGGCAUGCGUGGAUGUCCUGCAGUGAUGCCUAUUGAUAAUGUGUACGGUACUCUUGGACUGGUGAAGGCCGUUACCACCCAGGACUACUCAGACCGUUCCCAACUGAGGGAAGAGAUUGAGGGGACCGGAUCAUACACGUUCUUUGCCCCCAGCAACGAGGCUUGGGAUCUUCUGGAGCCAGAAAUUAGGAGUUCAUUGGUUAGCAACGUUAACAUCGAGUUGUACAAUGCCCUGCACUAUCACAUGGUCAACAAGCGUCUGCUGACUAAGGAUCUGAAGAAUGGCAUGACGGUCGACUCCAUGUACAACGACCUCAGUCUGCAGAUCAACCACUACCCCAACGGGAUCGUCACAGUGAACUGUGCCAGGAUCAUCCAUGGCAACCAGGUGGCCACAAAUGGCGUGGUGCAUGUCAUUGACCGGGUCGUCACAGCCGUGGGGAGGACCAUCCAGGACGUGAUCGAGACAGACGAUGACCUCAGCUCACUGAUGACUGCUGCCUCUGCCUCUGGUCUGUUGGACAAACUCGGCGAGCCCGGACACUACACCAUGUUCGCUCCCACAAACGACGCCUUCGACAAAAUCAACAGCGAGAUUCUGGAAAGGAUCAUGGGAGACAAGAACGCUCUCCAAGCCCUGCUCAACUUCCACCUCCUGAACACGGUUCAGUGCGCAGAGGCCAUCAUGUCUGGAGCUUCCUACGAAACCCUGGAGGGCCACAACAUUGAGAUCGGCUGUAAUGGUGACAGCCUGACUGUGAAUGGUGUCAAGAUGGUCCUGAAGAAGGACAUCGUCACCACCAAUGGUGUCAUUCACCUUAUCGAUGAGGUCCUCAUGCCAGACUCAGCUAAACAGGUCAUAGAGCUGGUGGGCAACUCCCAGUCAACCUUCGGUGACAUGCUGUUUGAGUUGGGUCUGGCCUCCUCCAUGAGACCGGAGGCUGAAUACACACUGCUGGCUCCCAUGAAUAAAGCCUUUACCGACGAGGUGAUGGCCAUGGACCAGCGCCUCCUGAAAAUGAUCCUGGAGAACCAUGUUCUGAAGGAGAAGAUCGUGCUCAGCCAGCUGUACAAUGGCCAGCUUCUGGAGACCAUCUCUGGAAAAUUCCUCAGGGUGUUCAUCUAUAGAACUGCUGUCUGCAUUGAGAAUUCCUGUCUGGUGAGAGGCAGUAAAGAGGGCAGCAACGGAGCCCUUCACCUCAUGGCUGAAUUCAUGAAGCCAGCCGAGUCAUCAAUGUACAAGAUCCUGAACGACAAUGGAAACUUCAAGAUAUUCUUGUCCCUGAUGGAGACUGCAGGCUUGACUGACGUGCUGAAGCAGGAGGGAGACUUCACCUUGUUUGCUCCGACUGACGAGGCCUUCGCUGGCCUGAGCCAACGUGACAUUGACAUGCUGACAAGGGACACUGGUGCCCUGCGUACAAUCCUGCUCUACCACUUAACCAAUGGCGUCUUCAUCGGUGGUGGACUGGAGACCAGAGUCACCAACCUCUUCAAGACACUGCAGGGUAAUAACCUCAAGGUUAUGAUUGUGAACAACACAAUGAUGGUGAACACUGUCAACGUUCCGGAAUCUGACAUUAUGGCAACCAAUGGAGUCGUUCACUUUGUCAAGAGCCUUCUGUACCCCGGAGAGCUGCCAGUUGGAACCCAGGACAUGUUAACGCUAUUGAGGAGGAUCAUCAAGUACAUUGAGAUCCGGUAUGUCCCUGGAUACAGAUACCAAGAGAUUCCACUGACAUUCAUGAAGAGAAUCAUUACUCGUGUGGUCGAAAGAGAGCCUGAGGUCACCAGAAUCACCAGGGUGAUUGAGGGAGAACCCACAUUCACAAAAGUAACAAGAGUUAUUGAAGGGGAGCCCUCCAUCACCAAGGUGACCAGAGUCAUUGAAGGAGAGCCCUCCUUCACCAAGGUGACCAGGGUCAUUGAAGGAGAGCCCUCCAUCACCAAGGUGACCAGGGUCAUUGAAGGAGGGCCCUCCGUUACCAAGGUCACGCGUGUCAUCGAGGGUGAACCCACCAUGACUAGAGUUGUCGUUGGAGGUUCUGAUGUAGAUGCAGGGGGCUUUGACUUCUCCAGUGUCUCAAGCAUUGAUGGCAACCCUCAGCUGACCGUAGCAGAAUCUGACAGACUCACCAAGAUGAUUCAAGGUGGCGGGUCUAGAAGAAGAGCCAGGCCAAGGCAGCAGGCAUAAGGAGUCCGAGCACAAUAUGUACGAACAUAUUUAGACUUCAGCUAGCUGAAGUGAAGAUCUGCAUCCAUGCAGGCAAAAGGGCUUGUAGAUCGUACUCGUUUAACUGAACUAAAAAUCUGAUUAAUUGGGUUGCCUCGAUGUAAUGCGAAUGCUAACUGCUAGACAUUUUGGUUCAAAAGUGGUUCCAUCAAGUCAUCCAAGUGGUAUGUAAAUAUUGUAAACUGGUCCACUGAGGUUUUGCAAAUGAGGAAAGAAUGUGCUGAUCACUAAGUCAACGGAUGGACUGAUGAUUAUUGUCAAUGACUAUCAGUUGACGUCUGGCUGGGAUAUACCUCUGCAUGGUUUAUGGUGCUAUUUUGUUUAGAACAUUUUUUUUUCUUAAAAUGUUUCCCCCGAUAUCUUCGUUUCCCCAAUAGUUGGGCUUUCUGCAUUCUUUUCUGAAUCUGAGGUGUCUGUACAAAGGGUCCCUGUGGGAAAAUUGCUGCAUUUCAACCUUUUCAUAAUGUUGUUGCUGCUGCUGUUGUUAUUAUUUUAAUGUACACAGCUACACAACAUUUUUUUUCAACAGUUUUAUACCAAUGUUCAGAAAGUGCCCAAUAAAACAUUUUCCUGGA